UGAUAUUUCACUGUAGGUUAGAUUAUGAUCAUAAGGUACACAGAAAAAUAAUUAUGUAUGAUGUUGUGGAAAGUAACAUCGAAGAAUUAUAUCCAGAUAUCAAGGAUACCAUCAAGAAUGCGUCGUUUAUUGCAUUUGAUGCCGAAUUUUCGGGGAUACAGUCGGAUGAACAGAUGAAGUACAGCCUUUUCGAUUCGCUCGAUGAUCGAUAUAAAAUACUGAGAAAGAAUAUCAAAUCGUAUGUAAUAGUUCAGUGCGGCAUUGUAGCAUUUAAGCAUGUUCCUGAUAAAAAUAUUUACAAAGCAAAAUCUUAUAAUUUCUAUCUAUUACCAAGAUCAGUGCCAUUUAAAAACAGGCAAUUCUUGUGGCAAGUGAGCGCCCUAGAAUUUCUCUCCACACAUAACUUUGAUUUUAACAAGUUUGUAAAUGAAGGUAUAACGUAUCUUGAUGAGAUAGAUGAAGAUUUAAUGACUAAACAUGUAAAAGAAGGUAAUUUACAACGUAAUUUGGAAUAUCUAUCAUAUGAAGAGGAAGAUGAUUUCAAGGACUGUAAAAAUAAAGUUUCUGAGUGGAUUUCGACAUAUCCAAAUGAAAUUUCAAUGGUCUUGAAAGCUGCUUCUCCUAUUUUACAAUAUAUGAUGCAUAAAGAGUUACGAAGUAGUUUUAAAAAUAUUUGGACAGUCUAUGGACAUAAAUCGAUAACAGUUAUAAGGGUAUCUGAUGACAUGCGCCUAGUUUUAGAAAACGAGCAGACAGAUAAUUUGGAAGAAAAAUUGUUAAAUUGUUGUAUAGGUUUCAGUAAAGUAUUCAAACUUUUAACUUCUACAAGGAAACCAAUAAUAGGACAUAAUGUACUUUUGGAUUUAAUGUUCAUGCAUCAACAGUUUUAUAAACCAUUGCCAUGUAGUUAUAGGGAAUUCAAAAGUACUAUACAUUCAUUGUUUCCACAAAUAUAUGACACAAAAUUCUUAGCUUCUCAAGUCAAACAAGUACUAGACAAAGAAGUAAAUUGGAAAAUCAGUUCCCUGAGUGCAAUACAUCAGUAUUUUACUUCAAAACAACGAAAAUAUUCCGCAUUCAAUUCGCCCCAGAUAAUGACUGAAAAUAAAUCUUCAGAUGAAAAUGCUUAUCACACUGCAGGAUGGGAUGCAUACUAUGCAGGGUAUAUUUUUGUAAAAAUGGCACAUAUACUAUGUAUAAAACAAUAUGGAGAGGGUUUAGAAUAUAGAGCAGUGACUCAUUCUGAAUUAAUGAGUAGUGUAAAAUGUUUUGUAAACUCUAUAAACAUAACAAGAGGAAAUGAAGUAUAUUCGAAACUUGAUGGAGAUGAUCCAUUGUCAACAAGACCAGAAUGGCUUCAUGUAAAGCUAAACUCACCAUGUAUAAAUAUAAAAGAGGUAGCUAAGGUAUUUUCAUCUUUUGGACCUAUUGAUGUGAUGCCUUUUGCCCGAAAACGUGUACUGGUAGCCGUUGGAAACCACAGAAGCGCGCUCGACAUAUUGACGUAUUUCAAGAACAGCAAGGAAUUUCAGGUGGCGAGGUACAGUCCUAUAAGACACGCUCCUCCUCGUAAGCUUAUUUUAUGGGGUGGCGUGGUCCUGUCCGGUGGAAUGCUUGCCUGGAUGAUCCAGCGUGUGUUCAAGAAAUCGGUAAUAUCAAAUUAGUCGCGCGUAUUGUCUCUUUUACGCUACCGACCGUAUUGUGAUGUCACAACGAUAAACACAACACAGACGAAUUUUUGUAUCUCUCUGCUAUGUUGAACAGUAGUAUCGAUCACACGCGAGGAGAAGAGAUCAAAACGAAACAGAGGGAAAAAGCACGUUACUGUUGCAUGUAACCGGACGGUUGUUGAAAUCAUUACUGUUCAUACGGAUCCUCUGUAAAAUAAUAUAGUUAAUUUGUGGCGAUGAUAAGUAACGGCGACAAA